AUUUUUAUACUUCUAUUUCAGAAGGAUGGGAAUGGAGGAGAAUAAUAAGGAGACUACAGGAGAAGAGAGAGGAAAGGAUAAGAAAAAAAAUACAUUCAACUCGAAAAUUGUUGUACGGCGUCUACCCUGGAGCAUGACUGAGACGGAGUUUUUAAACUGUAUAGAUCCUGUACCGGAACAUAAUUAUUUUAGGUUCGUGAAAGCUGAUUAUAGUUUUGAGCAAGAUGCCGCUACAAGAGCUUACAUCAACUUCGUCAAUCCUGACGAUAUAUUUGUGUUCCAGGAGAGAUUCGACGGAUAUGUUUUUGUCGAUAAAAAAGGAAACGAACACACGGCAGUUGUUGAGUUUGCUCCGAACCAGAAGAUUCCGUCCGGGAAGGAGAACCGGAGAAAGGAUCCCAAACUGAACAGUCUGGAACAGGACCCAGAUUAUCUCAGGUUUAAAGAGAACCUGGAAAAUCCACCUGAGAUUGGGAUGCCAACAAUUGAGCAGGUUUUAGAGGAAAUAGAGAUUAAAGAACGAGAGAUUAAAGCUGGACGCGGACUGGAGAAUCAAACCACGCCCUUGAUCCAAUUUAUGAAAGAGAGGAAGGACGAGAAAAUCAAGAAGAGAGAGGAUCAAAGGGAAACCAGGAGGAAAAGAGACGAAGAUCGGAAAAAGAAACACGAGGAGGAAAGAGAGCGAAGGAAGGAAUUGAGAGAAAAGGAAAUUCGAGAUCGGGAAAGGAGAGACCGGGAUAGAGAAAAAGAUUACAAGGAGAAGGAUUACAAGGAGAAGGAUUACAAGGAAAAGGAUUACAAGGAAAAGGAUUACAAGGAGAAAGAUUAUAAGGAUAAAGAUUACAAAGGGAGAGAUUUUAAGGAAAGGGAACAACGUGGCAGAGAUUACAAGGAAAAAGAAGAUACGGAGAACAAUUCAAAGAAAGACGAAAGUUAUUACGAGGAGAAAGAACGAAAAAUCCGCGAAAAAAGAGGAUUGGACAGAGAUAAGAAAAAAGAACGUGAGGAGAGAGAAAAGGAAAGGUUUAGGAGAAAGGAGGAGGAGCGGCAAAGGCGACGCGAUGAGAAAAGAGAGAAAUACAAGCUGGAAAGAGAAAAAGAUGUUAGCGAAGACAAGGUUAUUGAGGAGAUGGAGAUUUCAUCAAAGCCAGAUAAACCUACGGAACCUGAAUAUGAUCCUGAUCCUGACACUGCUACAGGAGAAACUUCAUCUAAGCCUAAGCGGUACUCGGAUAAACGAAAAGAGGAAAGAUUACGGAAGGAACGGGAGAGACUGGAAAAACUGAGAAAAAAGUCCAAAGUUCUAGAUUGUUCCGAAGUUUCCGAGAAACAAGAAAAGGAAUCUAGUUUUGAAACUAAAGAUAAUAAAGAUGAACUAGAGGUUACGAAGGUAGAAAUAUUACCAAGAAAGGUCGAAGUGGUUCAUUUAGAUGAGGAAGAGAAAGACGAAGCCGCGGAGAAGAGAGAAAAGGAACGGAAGGAAAGGCGAGAGAAGGAAAAAGAAGAAAGGAUGGAGAGAAGAAGAGAACGGGAUUUGAAGGCAAAACGAAAUAAGGAAAGACCAGAUAUGCAGAUUUACCGACCAGGAAUGGGAAGAUUUAGCAGCAGGACAAUUAGAAAGGAAAGUCCGAAAACAAGUCCCGAAGAGAGCAGAGAAACAAGUCCGUCAAGGAAGAAUAAAUCCGAUCCUAUAGAGAGACGGGGUCAAGAUGGUGUCUCUGGACAUCGGUACAAUACAAGAGAAAAUAUCAGCAAAGCUUUAAAGAUUCAACGAGAGCGGAGAGGAUCCAGGGAGGAAAAAGAAGAGAGGGAAGGGAAAAGUCCGAGUGAAGAUAAUUUAGACCCUCAAAUAUCAGCCGGAAGCUCUAGGAAUGAUAUCUCGGAUCAGCAAGAAAGAUCAACGUCCUCUAAACCUGAAGAGAUCAAAUAUGAAACUAAACCCGGAGAAGACAGCCGUGGCGCAGAGAAAUCAGAUCAAGAAUGAAACAUGAAAAGAAUUUAUGUGAACUAUAUUUGUUGAGUUGAAAAUACAUUCUGAUAAAUAUUUUGUUUUCCAAG